GCCAAGGCCUGGAGGGAAAGAGCCAGUUCCUGGUGGCUGUUGGGCGGCUCACACAGCUCCCUGCUACAUCAGCUAUGGUCCUCCCUCUGCCCUGGCUCUCAUGUUGCUGCCGUCGCCUCCUCCUGCCUUCCUGGCCCCUGGGGCCCCAGGGUUCCUGGAGGUGCUGCUCCCAGAGCCCUAAGGCAAGCACAAAAGAGCAGACCAGCUCCACAUGCAGUGAGAAGAUGAGGUCACCGUCAAGGGGUCCCCGGCCCAGCCCCACAGCUGAGCUGGCCCAAGCUGAAGAGUUGCUGGAGCAGCAGCUGGAGCUGUACCAGGCCCUUCUGGAAGGGCAAGAAGGGGCUUGGGAAGCACAGGCCCUGGUGCUCAAGAUCCAGAAGCUGAAGGAACAGAUGAGGAGACAUCGAGAGAGCCUAGGAGACGCCUAAGCUUUCCACCAGUUCCCACUUUACCUUCCAACACUGGAAACACUACAUACCACCCACACUGGGCCUUCGGGUCAGAAACAUCCCAGCCCCUCCCAGGCCACUAAGAAAAAUGGAAAACACCUCCAAAAAGGGCAGAAGUUGGAAAGCAGCAGGGAGCCAUGGCCUCUGCAGUCUUCUUAGUCACAUCCCCCUACCUUUGAUCCCUCCCCACUGACCUGGGCCCCACAGUAGGGCACCCAGUCCUUAUAGGAAUAUACACUGAAUCAUGGCCUCAC